GUUGUGUUGGAGGGUAUACUUAGCUGUUAAAAUGCCUGAGCCGGCGAAAUCUGCUCCUGCUCCUAAGAAGGGGUCUAAGAAGGCAGUGACCAAGACCCAGAAGAAGGGAGAUAAAAAACGUAGAAAAACUAGGAAGGAAAGUUAUUCAAUUUACGUGUACAAAGUAUUGAAGCAAGUUCAUCCGGAUACCGGCAUUUCUUCUAAGGCCAUGGGGAUCAUGAACUCUUUUGUAAAUGACAUUUUCGAACGUAUUGCUGGGGAAGCGUCUCGUCUGGCGCAUUACAACAAGCGUUCGACCAUCACUUCCCGGGAGAUCCAGACCGCUGUGCGCCUGCUUCUGCCAGGGGAGUUGGCCAAACACGCUGUGUCUGAGGGCACCAAGGCCGUCACCAAGUACACCAGCUCUAAGUAAAGAUCAAUGGAAAGAAUGCUAACAUCUGUAACCCAAAGGCUCUUUUCAGAGCCGCCCACUUUUUCUGUAAAAGAGCUUUAGCACUAAACCAUGCAUGGUGUCCUUUUAACACAGUACUCUAUUCUGCAUUGUUAGUAUCGGUGUUUAUUAUUGAUGCUGAAAAUAAAUUGUGCAAUAACUCCAGUUUAAAAAUGUAUUUGCCUUAUGGAGGAACCAAAACCCACAUGAAUACAAGAAAUAAAAUUGAAAUUUACUGUAUACGAAUACUCAAAUGAUGAAAGUAAAAAAAUAUAUCAUUUGUUAUUGCUUUCUCUUAUCCUCCAGUUGAGGGUGUGCAUUCAGUAUCCAUAUAAAUGCUCCUUACUAUUUUUCUGUCGGUUUUGCGUUGAUUAACACAAAGUUUGCCUGACAAGACUGUCCGUAGAUGAAAGUUAACUCAAAACUUUUGUUGAACUGUGGCACUUGAAAUACCUUUUUUAACUAACAAGGUUUGCAUCAGUAACAAAGAAAUUCUUUAAUCCAAUACAGUAAACCUAAGAAACGUCUUGGUUCUAGGAUGCAUUUGUGUUGUGAACUAAGAAAAAUACGAGGAAACAAUUUAUGGAAGUAUUAUAAAUUAAUCCAGGUACAUUCUUCAUUUGUUCUUAAUCUACACGUUAAAUGUAAAAAGAAGAAUUGGUGGGUUCUGGAUUAGAUACCCAAUCAAUUUCAGGGGAAAGGAGU